AUGCAUUCUCUAGGCAUCGCUGUUGUCGCUAUAUUCGCCCUUCAGGAGACGGCUUGUACACUCACUGCAAGUGGGGGCGACGAUGGACCUGCGUUCAUAACUGCAGCUCAGACUUGUGACACCGUCGUUGUUCCGGCGGAUACGACAUUAAGCAUUGCAUCGCCCAUGAACAUGACUGACGUCGUCAACACGCAUAUUAGCCUGGAAGGAACUAUCAAGUUCGUGGACGACAUCGACUUUUGGGCUGGAACAGCAUUCUUCUUCGACUUUCAAAACUCUACCACAUUUUGGAUCCUUUCUGGAGAGAAUAUUUUGUUUGACGGCGGAGGCACCAUUGAUGGCAGUGGCCAGGCCUGGUACGAUGCCUUUGCGAGCAACUCCUCGCUGGUUCGCCCGAUCAUCUUGACCAUCUACGAGGCCACAAAUGUCACGGUCCAAGACAUCACUGAGCUCAACAGUCCCGAUUGGUUCAACCUUGUUCACACCAGCCAGAACAUUGUCUACGACGGCCUCACAAUCGAGGCUGUUUCCACUUCCUCUGUGGAAGCAAAGAAUACCGAUGGUUGGGACAUUUACCGGAGCGACAGCGUCUCUAUCCUUAAUUCUAACAUCAACAACGGUGACGACUGUGUCUCAUGGAAACCAAAUUCUACCAAUAUGAUCGUGGCAAACUUGGUCUGCAAUGGCUCGCAUGGAAUUAGCGUUGGAAGCCUCGGACAAUAUCCCCAAUUUUUCGAUAUCGUCGAGAAUGUGACCGCCACCAACGUGACGAUGUCCAACGCACAAAACGGUGCACGCAUCAAGGCUUGGGCUGGUGCUGGCGUCGGUGGCGGUAUCGUCAAGAACAUCACCUUCGAGCUGUUCUUCGAGACCAAUGUCGACAAUCCUAUCAUCAUCGACCAGUGCUACAUGACCGAUGAAGAUGAGUGUGCCGCGAACCCCUCCAACACGUUCAUUCAGGAUGUCUGGUUCAACAAUAUCACCGGUACCUCAUCUGGAGCUGAAGACUCCACCGUAGCCUCCCUCAGCUGCUCUCCUGACAGCCGGUGUAGCGAUAUCAACGUCAAUGACAUCUCGCUUGCGCCUCCGUCUUCAGAAGGGGACGCCACAUAUACUUGUCAAAACGACAAUGUUACGGGAAACGCUGCGUCGCUCUUCGGUAACUGCACUACGACGUAG